CGCUGGCUGCUUCCUGCUGCGGGCGCGCACUCUCGUCGGGUUUUUUUUUUUACAGCCGGAACGCGUCCACGUCGCUGCUGCUGCGCCAGAGGUUCAGGGGACCCGCGGAAGCCUUCGACGUCUUCGGGUGGAGUGGUGUUAACUGAGCAGACAUCAUGGUGAACAUCCCAGAAUACUAUGCAGGGAAAACCGUCCUGAUCACCGGCGCAACCGGCUUCAUGGGAAAGGUGCUGCUGGAGAAGCUGCUGAGGUCUUGCCCCGGGGUCAAAAGCGUCUACGUGAUGGUGAGGUCCAAAGCUGGGCAGUCCCCGGAGGUCCGCAUCGCCGACAUGGUCAACUGCAAGCUGUUUGAAAGAUUACAAGAGGAGCAUCCCGGCUUCGCCGAGAAGAUCGUCGCUGUGAGCAGCGACCUGACGCAGCCGGAGCUGGAUCUGAGCAAAGAGGAUCAGAGCAUCCUGGCUGACAACGUUAACGUCGUUUUCCACUGCGCCGCCACCAUCCGCUUCAACGAGCCGCUCAAAGAUGCGAUGCAGCUGAACGUCCUUGCCACCCAGAAGAUGGUGGCGCUGGCCCGCAAGAUGAAGCACCUGGAGGUCUUCCUUCACGUCUCCACCGCCUAUGCCAACUGUGACCGCGAGCUCAUUGAGGAAACGGUGUACCCUCCCCCCGUAGACUACCGCAGACUCAUUGACUCUCUAGACUGGAUGGAUGACGAGCUGGUUUCUGCUCUGACUCCCAAGCUGAUCGGGAAGCGUCCCAACACCUACACCUACACCAAAGCCAUGGCGGAGUAUCUGGUGCAGCAGGAAGCCGGAGACCUCAAAGUAGCCAUUGUCCGACCUUCCAUAGUGGGAGCCAGCUGGAAAGAACCCUUCCCAGGUUGGAUCGAUAACUUCAACGGCCCCAGUGGAAUAUUCAUAGCAGCCGGUAAGGGGAUCUUGCGCACCAUGAGGGCGUCUAAUGAUGCAGUGGCAGACCUGGUGCCCGUCGACGUGGUCAUCAACGCCACGCUGGCCGCAGCGUGGUACUCUGGAUCACAGACGCUCAACAGGUCUAAAAACAUCAUGGUGUACAACUGCACAACUGGAGGGAUCAACCCAUUUCACUGGGGGGAAGUUGAGUACCACGUUAUAUCCACAUUCAAGAGGAACCCCCUUGAGCAGGCCUUCCGUCGGCCCAAUGUUAAUCUCACGUCCAAUCACCUAAUCAAUCAGUACUGGAUUGCCGUGAGCCACAAAGCUCCGGCCUUCCUCUAUGAUCUGUACCUCAGGCUGAUUGGACGAGAGCCCAGGAUGAUGAAGACGAUCACGCGCCUCCACAAAGCCAUGAUGGUGCUGGAGUACUUCACCAGUCACUCGUGGGUGUGGAACAACGACAACGUGGCCAUGCUGAUUGGGCAGAUGAGCCCAGAGGAUAAGAAGAUGUUUAAUUUUGAUGUGCGGCAGCUGCACUGGGCCGAGUACAUGGAAAGUUACUGCAUGGGCACCAAGAAAUAUGUCCUGAACGAAGAGCUGUCCGGCCUGCCUGCUGCACGCAAGCACCUCAACAAGCUAAGGAACAUCCGCUACACCUUUAACACCGUCCUGGUGGUGCUCAUCUGGCGCGUCUUCAUCGCCCGGUCCCAGAUGGCGAGAAACAUCUGGUAUUUUGUGGUGAGCCUCUGCUUCAAAUUCCUCUCCUACUUCCGAGCCUCGUCCAGCAUGAGAUAAAGGUCGUGGUCACGACGGCGAGUGAGGAGGCGACGGGGCGGCGGCAUGAAGAAACACUGGCUGAGAUGGAGAGAGGUUCCCUUACAAAGCUCCCGUGCUGCUUGCCUCAAGGAUUUAGUGCAACGCGGAGAGCGCUACCAGACGAGCCUCGAAUGCUUCAUGUCCCGGAUCCAUCUCGCCUGAUCUCCUAGCAUUUCACAAAACGCCGAGGCAUUGGAUCGGUCUGUGCAGUGGUUGUGGGGCUGCUCUGCAUUGAAUGAUGGUGUGUUGCACAAAUCCGCUCGUUGGUUUUGAGUCAUUCCAGGGUUCCUCUACUGUAUCGGUCAUCUUUGAUUAAAA